CCAUGUUAUUUCCUUUUCGAUCUUGGACGGACGAAGGUUCGUCUAACCUUAAUAGUUAUUUUUUUAAGUUCUUUUUGACGAUUCGUAAUCGUUCAAAACGUGUUUCCCCCGAAUAAAACACGAAGUUUAAUACAUGGCAGGGAAGAGGAAAGUACUUAUGGUUUGUUUAGGAAAUAUUUGUCGUUCGCCUAUAGCAGAGGCUGUGUUUAUUAAUGAAAUGAAUACGUUAAAUGUAAGUGAUUCGUGGGAGGUAGACAGCGCAGCUCUUGCAAGUUAUCAUACGGGUAAAAGCCCAGAUCAUAGAGCUAUGUCCACGCUCAGGGAAAAGGGCAUUACGAAUUAUUCCCACAAAGCAAGGCCUAUCACCGAAGAUGACUUCACCAAAUUCGAUUGGAUAUUUGGAAUGGAUAAUGAUAACAUUAAAGAGCUAAAUAAUAUGAAACCUCGCAAUUCUACUGCCAAGAUCGAGCUUCUUGGAAGUUACGAUCCGCAAGGAGAAGUUAUAAUCAGAGAUCCUUAUUAUGAUAGCAACAGCGUUGGAUUUCAUAAAGCGUACGAACAAUGUGUACGAAGCGUAAAGACUUUUUUGGAGAAACGUAAGGAUAACAAAUUCUGAUCAAAAUGAAUCCCAGAAAUAAAUGUUUUGAAAAUUAUUUAAAUAUCG